AUGGACGAUACGCCUGACCUCGAUACAAACGCCUUCCUGGAGAGCGUGCGCGAACUCAAGGAGAAGAGACAGAGGGAAGACAAUGAGCGUCAGGAGCAGCUAGAAGCGCAGAUCGCAAGUUCGCGACUCGCUCGCAAAUUGGAGAGCGAACGAGGCAUGCCAUCGCCGUCAAUGUCACCGUCAACGAGUCCGCACAGAGCCUCUUCCAGCAGCGCCGUACCCUCUCGCGCCAGCACUCUUUCGCGCCCACCCCGCAGUCGUCCCAUGUCUGUUGACAUGGGCUCACCCACCAGGGCUUCCUCAGUCAGACCCAUGAGCAUGAUGUCCAUCCCCGAGAAGGGCGCUCCUCUUCCCUCCCGGGACUCGCAACGCUUUGCUGCCCCAGACACUGCUGAUGGUCUCGGUCGUCCCAUGUCAAGCGCGCAGAGUCGUCUGGAUCGGCCCAGCUCACCGACCAAGGGCAUGGGUGGCUUUGUGCAGAGCGCCAUGCUCAAGCGCAACGACAGUGUCAACAAGAGGUGGAGUGUCACAGCUGGUCCCUCAACUCUGACUCGUAACGAUUCGACUGCCAGUUUCCGCAGCGCCGCCAACGUCGACGACACUCCUGCUCGCCCUUCUUCAAGCCACAGUACCAUCAGCAACCUCAACAUUGCUCCUGACUCAGACCUCAAGGAGGACAAGCCCGAGAGACCAGCCACUACAAGACACUCGCGCUCGAGAUCGAUGGCUUCCUUCUCGGGUCAAGAACCCACCCCCGAAGGCCUCAUGUCUCCUCCGCUCAGCCCAAACAAGAGAUGGAGCCGCAGCCCUACCAAAGCUAGUUGGCUCGAAAGUGCCCUUACUCGUCCAGAUUCGCCUAAGCCGCUUGCAUCACCACAGUCCAAUCAGCCCAGCUGGAUGGCCGACCUCGCAAAGGCAAAACAACAACGUGGGACUGCUGAGGCUUCGUCAUCGCAGGAAAAUAUCGACGCCGCGAAGGCUCAGGACACGCCUACCUUUGGUCAAGCAGUACCUACCCUGCCACCCAAGCUACAAGGUGCCGACUCUGUCACCUCAACCGCUUCAUCGUCCCCUAGAUUUCCUGCUUUAAAGUCUCCUGAAUUGAGAUCAGGCGAAUUCAGAUCGCCCGAACUAAAACAGGAGACUACACCCAAGACCGACUUCCGCUCAGGCUUGAAAUCGAGAAGUGGUACUAUUGGUGCGCAGUCAGAGCAAGAGCCUGAGUUCAAAGCUUUGUUCGGCAAGCUUAAGAAAGCUCAGACUGAGAAGUAUGUGGCACCCGACGAACUGAAGAGCAACAUUCUUCGCGGCAAGGCAGGCCUGUCUCUGAGCGCCGGUCCUCAAAAGACAGAGCGGCGCGAUGAGUUGAAGGAGAGUUUGUUGAAGAAAAAGGAAGAGAUGAACAAAGCAGCUGCAGAAAAACCUGCACCUGAAUCCAAGAUCUCCCCAGCACCAUCGUCUGUGCCGGAAGCACUCUCUAUCAGAAAGCAGCUUGGCCGAUCAAGCAGCACACUCAAUGUUCCUGCUCCUGCCAAAUCGCACCGAGAUAUCACCCCCGAGGCCCUAUCAUUCCACAAGAACCUAAGAGGCAAGGGCAAGGCACCUGUUCCCGAGAAGAGAAGUAGCGUCAUUGAGAAGGUCGAGCUCAAGCGCACUUCCGUAGAAGCAAAGCCAUUUGCCGCUGUUGUUGAUGAGAACACUACGGAUGCAGCACCAAUCUCGUCCAAGACUGAGGAUGAAUCCAAACCAGAGACAAAAGAGCUUCCGGAGCCAGAGAAACGUGAGCUUCCCAAACCAGCAAAACAGGAGCUUCCUAAACCAGUACAGCAGGAGCUAUCUAAGCCUCAGGUGCAAACAAGACCCAUGUCGGACAAGAUUGCCGACAGAUUCAAUCCAGCUCUUGCGGGACUCUUAGCGCGCGGCCCACCGAGUGCAUCAAACACGCCGCCAUCAGGGAACCCCUUCUCACCUCCUGCAAUAAGCCGUGUCUCGUCUGCACAAAAUGAGCCAGGAGAGGGUACUCAACUCACGCACAUGACCAAGAGUCGUGCUAAGGGGCCGAAGAGACGCAAGCCAAAGUCAAGUGCCCCAGAAGCGACCUCUGAACCUGAAAAGCGCAUAUCUUCAAGGACCCUUGUGCCUGAGAAGCGUAUGUCCUCUACCCCGUCCAUACCUGAGAAGCGUAUUUCGUCAAUCAACUCGGCCAAAUCCAUCGACUUGCCAUCACCGAGCUCGCCUGUGACUAGGACUCCUGUGCAACCUCGACCCAAGUCUGCGGCUGUAAGGGCCGCGUCGAUCAAUCUCUCUAAGCCGCCGGUCGCUGAGGUAGAGAAGCUCGAGACCGCUACGCCUACUAAGUCAAUGACGUUCCCUCCUGUUCGAUCAGACAAGCCAGCGACUCCUGUUUCAGCCAGAUCAUCGCUUGAGGUGGUGGCGGCCGCUGGUACAGAAAAACCCAAGCCUAUCACGCCUGCAAAGCCGACACAUAGUACUCCUUCAUCCACGAGCAUCGACAAGCCGGAGACACCUGCUCCCUUCAAAUUGCCCCUUCGUACUUCCUCAACCGGUUCCCCAAUGAGCACAAAGCACGUGCCUAACCCUAUCUCUCCUCCUUUCGCUUCUCGUCAACCGUCUGGAUUCAGCCGACCACUCCCUGGCAAGGCUCUUCCAGGCAUGGCCACCACUGUCUCAAGAUCUCAGGACAAGCCCUUGCCCCCCUUGAACACGACUGAAGCGGACAAGGAAAACCAAAGUUUUUCAUCAGUCAAGGGUGCUGCUUCUAUGUGGGGGAAGCCUGCACAGACGACUCCACAGAAGCGUGCCCCUAUAGAGUUGCCAACCAGGAAAGAUGAAGAGGCCGCGAUGUUGUCUGCUGGACUCCUCUCGAACUCUCCACUUAGAUACAACGCGUCGCCAAAGACAGGACUCGGCAUCACUGAGGACACCAUCGACCAGCCAAAGCGAACUAAUGGCCAUGAGCAAGUACAAUCACCCAGUGACAGAGUUCCACCCAAGCCAGCAAAGAGCUCAAGAGUUGUCAGUGGUCAACUGAGUGCCAAAGACCUACCUCACUUGCCCAAUAUGCUUGAUCUGCCUGCUGGACGCGACUUGGCCGACUUCUUCGGUUACAUUCCACAUUCAAACAACCAGUUGCAGCUGAACACAGAUACGCAAACAGUGUUAGGUUCUCGCUCAGGAGAGUCUGACAAGAUCAAGACUCUGCGAAACUCGAUUCAGGAGAUCAAGUCUGACGGUACUCUGGUGCCUUUACCAGCACAACAGGAGCACAUUUUGUACGAGAACUCCAUGUACAUCUGCACGCACAUCUUCUACACUGCCAACAUGACGAGGAUGGCCGAGGUAUACCUCUGGUGUGGUGAUCGCAUCUCCGAAUCAACCAUUCAGGAAACUCAAGUCCAUGCCAAGCGCCUUGCUAGAGAAGCUGCUCGUGAACCCGCGAACUUCUUCCAAGCGCUCGGUGGCAUCGUGAUUACCCGUCGCGGCUCACGGGCAGAGAACCUGAAAGAACCUUAUAUGCUUUGUGGCCGCCCACACAUGGGCCAUAUCGCAUUUGAUGAGGUUGAUCGUAGUAAGAACAGCCUAUGCUCUGAGUAUCCCUACAUCAUUGCCCGUCCGAUCACACUCCAAGAGACGAAGAUUUGGCUGUGGAGAGGGAGCGGUUGUGUUGCGACUGCCAUCGGAAGCACUCGUCUAAUCUCCAUGGACCUGAAUCCUGGUGGCGGUUUUACUGAAGUUGAUGAAGGCAAAGAGACAGCAGAAUUCCUUGCAGAAAUCCAUGAUUCUAGCGACUCGAGCAUUUGCCAGUCACCGGCACUCUGGAAGGGAAGAUGCGGUAAUUGGGAGCAUUCUUCAGUGCGUCUGUUCAGGAUUGAAGCGAAGGAGAAGCCCAAGCAAACGGCUACCUCUCUGUUUACAAGCUACUUCUCCCGACGUCCUUCCUGGAGUGCUCCCAAAUCUCCCAACAUCGAUCGAUCCAACAGCGAUGGGUCAAGCAAAUCGCCUAAUGCCGAGUUUGAGGCAUCAAUUUCGGAAAUUGCACCUUUCACGCAAGACGAUCUGGAACCAGAGGGAUGCUACGUCCUCGACGCCAACUCUGAGAUUUUGGUUCUGCCCGGACCUCUACUUUCGAAACAGGGCUUGUGGCAGCAUGCGUUCGUACAAGCAUGUUUGUUCUCGCAUGACUACGCUAUUUUGUCUGCCAGCUUAGAGGAUAGGCCUGCUAUUCCUAAAGCGAGGGUCGUAUUGGGCGGUCUACCCAGAGAGAUCAAGGUCAAGUUUAGGCGUUGGGAAGAACGGAGAGGGCUUUGGGGAUCUGGAGGGUUGAUGGCUGGGAAGGCUACCAGCGAUGAUGGAGGUAUGCUUGAUGUCGACGUCAGAGAUGUCCUGGGUGUUUGUUGCGGACCUUGA